UUUGAUCAAAUAAAUGGGACCAGUUUUCACACGUUUAUCAAAUUGGUGAUCAGAACUAAUUUUGUGUGGUUUGGUUUGCGACACGCUAGUCGACUCGAAACUUCAAUCGCACGCGAUGGGUAUUCGGUUGAAACGCUCAGUAUGUGCAUCGCAGUGCGGCAGUGAACGGCUUGUUCUGAGGCUCCCGCUUGUAUGCGCAAUAUGUCAUUUCUGCUCGUGGUCCUCCAAAUACUCAUGUUCUGCGAGGAGGGCAUCCACGGCAAAGUCAUGAAAAAUUUGAUAGGCCCUUACAUUGUUUACGGCGAACACUUCACCAACUGUGAACCAAACCUUCCCUCAACAUGGUACUUGCGUGCUUCUCACUUCAAUCCACGUAAACCAAAAGAGUUACAAGUCCUGAAUGGCAAUUGGACGAUUUCAUUUAUGUUUGAUGACAACACCUGGGUUAAAGUAGUUAUUGACGUUCGGUCAAAUAACCAAUGGAAGGAAAACGCAUUUGUGUUAAACUUCAAAAACAAUGGAUGUCGAGCUUUGAAAGAAAAUGCUCCUGAACUCUACAAUCAGGUUUUCAAGCAGGCAGAAGUCAGCGGCGCUCAUUGCUCGUUGAAACCUGGAACCUACGAGGUCAAUAACACCAAAGCAGCCUGGAUUUUUCCAAAUCUUCCAGCUUUUCCUUAUGGACACUAUAGGCUCAGAGCCUGGAUGGGCAAACCUGAAAUUGUUUACGGGUGCUGGGGCGCUGAAGGCUGGUUCAUUCCGAAACCUGAGUAGCACUACAAUGUUCAUGGUUCAUGGUUUAAUUUAUUAAUGUACCCCGUACAAUAUCGCAGUUUUUGCGUGGGGUCGAAAUACAUUAUUAAAACUGGAUAUGAUAA